GCAGCGCGGCCGCUCUCGGGCAGUAUCCUUACUUCCUUCAAGUGCUGGAAAGACAGAGCAGCCCGUCGGCCCCCAGAGAGACCAGACAUGACAUCGUGCGGGGACGCCAAGCUCUUCUUCUGCAUCCUCUUCGUCACCUACUGCUGCACAGUGACGUUCUCCCAGAUUCCCAUGGACUGCUGCUUGAGGGUCGGAAACAAUACGAUCGCCAAACAACGUGUUGUCAACUACUUUCUGCAGAUCGGCGGACAAGGCUGCGCGAUGGACGCCAUGGUCUUGAUGACCAGACGUAAGAAGAAUCUCUGCGUUCCCGCCGACGAGCCGUGGGUCAAAGAAGUGGUGAAGCACGUGGUCGCCCUGAAGGAACACUGCAAGAGACACCAGUACAAGGGAAGACGCUGCUACAACGUGAAGCAGAAGUGAACACCACAGCGACCUUUGACCCCUUCAGCCCCAAAUGCAGCCAGAGAGGACCAGUGCGGGUCAGGGAGGAGGAGAACGGGAUCAAACCGAUAAAUUAUAGAGUCCUAUGACUAAAGAGAGCUUAAUCUAUUCUACCAGUAUAUUUAUAGAAUUAUUCCUGAAUGAUUUUUGUAUAUAUUUUUAAAGAUAUUUCAGUUUUAAAAACCAAAGAAUAUGAAAGUUUGUAACAGUUCUCUCUCUCUUAACUUUAUUAACUACUCAGGCAACCUGGACAAAUGUGGACUUUUUUAAAAAUAAAGCAUUGUUUCCUUCUGAAUCUUAAGGCCGUACGUCAUUCUUUGUCGACGACACUGUUCAAUCUGUUAGGAGUAAAAAUAAGUAAAUCACACAUGCUCUUCUUUUUCUUUAUUUUGAUGCUGGCUUCUGUUUUUACGUUUGAUUUGUUUAGGUUGAUAAACAUCUUCAUGUGAUGCCUAUUGGACAACAACUCAGUAAUCAAAAUAAUAACUCACUCUGCUACGAUUUUUACAGCCAUGAAUGAAACAGCAUAAACUUCAGGCCUCUAUGGACUCCGUACGAUUGUCUUUACUGUCAUUUCAGAUUAUUCUUGUUAAAAAAAACAAGCAUGAGCACACGCACUGUCACGGUUUGGGUUCACGAAAAUGUAUUUUCAGAAAUAAACACGAUAAACAUGAUUUCUAUAAGUUGACAUAAAAAUGACAUUCACUUUUAUUCUUCAUCCACCUUCAAAUGUAACAUAUUAUAAUGAAUGUUUUGCACCAGUAAGGUACUGCAUUAAAAAUCUGACCCAAAGUU